UUAUCGGGAGGAAGUGUGUGUGUUUGUGCGUGUGUGUGUGCGUGUGCGUGCGUGCGUGUGCGCGCAGACGAGAGCGCAUAAAGAGUUUCAGCGCAGUGUGAACUUAAAGCGUCUCGUGCUCCUCAGGAAUGGCUCCGCUCCUCUUUCUCUUCCUCCUCGCGCAUCUUGGAUCUUGCCUCGCGCGCCAUCCCAGAGCAGAUGGAGGGCAGCCUCACCUCCACAUCUUCCACCACUCGUGUGCCCUGAAGAAGGAUGAGGGCCCAUGCAAGGCGUUAAAGGACAGAUUCUACUUUGACAUCGACACAGGUCGCUGUGAGCCGUUCGAGUUUGGAGGCUGCCAAGGCAAUGCAAACAACUUUGAGACCUUGGAGGAGUGCGAAGAAAUGUGCACGGUGAAAGCCAAUAAGAGUCCCUGUCACCUGGAGGACGAGCCGGGUCCGUGCCGGGGGCUGGUGCCCCGUUAUUUCUUCGACAGCAAGAAACAGGAGUGCACACGCUUCUUCUACGGCGGCUGCUUCGGAAACGCAAACAACUUCAAGACCCUUAAAGAGUGCCAAGACAGAUGCCAGCCAGGUAAUGACACUGAGGAGCCCGGACAUGACCUGAAACCUGAGGAGGGGGCCAAGCCUUCUAGAGUGCCUGUCAUUAAACAUGUGAGGCUCACAGAGACUGGCUUACAGUCACAGCCCCACAGACUGCCAGAGGUGGAGAAAGACACAAAUUUCACUCUUCCAAACGUCUGCCUGAGUCCGGUGGCUCGGGGCGACUGCGGCGGCUCGGAGAGGAGAUUUGUGUACAACCCGAAGGUUAAACGCUGCCAGGUGUUCCGCUACAGUGGCUGUGGGGGCAACAAGAACAACUUCACCUACAAGAAGCAGUGCAUCAAAAUGUGCAUGCCAGAUCACAAGAGCCGACUGCCAAUCCGAAUAAAGAAAAAGAACUCCAAUAUCCUAUUCCGAUCUAUAUAAGACGCCUCCAUGGAAUCACAUAUACAACACUACCUUUUUCCACUAUGGAAUAUUUAAGUCAGUUAUAAAUGUUUGCUAAUAGCUAUGAAACCUUUUCAGUUUUUUUUUUUAUAUUACAAGAUGUGUAUUGAUAAAGUUUUACUUACUAAUCUUGUGCUUUGUUUAACCUUCAUAGUUGCAUGCAGUAGUUCGAACACCCCGGUCAGAUGAUGUUUUGCUGAUUUCCGAAAUGGAAAUAACACAUCAUCCGCAGAGAACACACUUAAACAUAGCAUUUUUACUGCAAAUUAGUGAGCAGUGUCUAUUUAUUUUCUGGAUUCAGCAUCCCGGAAAAAAUACAAUGCGCCGUAACUUUUACACAGGCCAUGUUUCGUGUUUUAUUAUUUGUCCAGUAUGUUUUACUCAGUAAAUAGGCAGUAACUGUGUGUUAAAAUGUGCAGGAGUGUGUUCUCCGUGGAGGAUGUGUUGACUUAUUUACACUCAGAGAAACAGGAAAACAUAUCGUUUGACCAGGAGUGUUCAAACUUUUGCAUUUGACUGUACUUGACUUGUUCUCUGGCUCCAUGCUUUGUACAUUUUGCCGUUUUCCAUGCUGUAACAGAUUUACUGUAACGGAUUCGACUCACCAGUCAGUUCUCGAGCCCCUUCAUUAAUGGAAACAAAUGUGAACAUCAUUUCCACAUAAAUAAAAGCAUUACGUCAGCACAAGUUUGCCUUUCAGAUGACUUUAGGCAACAGGUUGUGUUGAUAUAUUCCACAUGAAUAUAGAUCAUUCAUGUGGAAAUGAUGUAAAUGUACAGUGCAUGUACUUCAGUACAUUAUUUUUAACGUAGCAGGGAAAUGAUAGAAAUGUGCAGUGUUUGGGGUCCUAGAGAGCCCACGCUUCACCCUCAUUAACCUGAUCCUGCUCAUUCAAACUGUGUAUAUAUUUGCAUUACUGUAUGUAUCAUAGGUCUGUACCUCAAUCCCUUUGUUUGUUGAUGUCCUUGUAUCUUUGAAUAAUGAUGAAGAACAGUGAUAAA